CGCCUGUAAUGCACUUUUUCCGCGAAAACUUUACCGAGGAAUGUUGCGAUUUCGUCAACAAUCGUGCUAGUUUUAAAUGAGGUUUCCGCUUCUUCCUAUUUACAGUUCGAUUUGAAAAUAAAGUUUAUUGAUGUUUUAUUUUCUCCAUGAUCAGAACCCAAACCUGGAAUUAAUCACUCUUAAGAGGGUUCUUUCAUAGAUGAAGGAAUUUGGGGAAGUUAAUUACUGGAUGGUAACUAACUGCUUCACAUGAAUAUGCCGAGAAAUGCCAUUGUAAUUUUUAUUGCUAUCAUUGUGCUAAGUCUGGCCAUAGGCAAAAGCGUCAAGGUCACGGAAUUAAGAGUUCCAUCAGCUGCUGUGCUCGGUGAAUCCGUGACAUUGGUGUGUAGCUACGAAUUGGGUAGUGAAGAAUUGUACGUCGUCAAAUGGUACAAAGACGAUCUCGAGUUCUACCGUUAUGAGCCGAAGGAUGAUAACCAAUCAAUAUAUUUUCCUCAACCAGGAAUCGAUAUCGAUCUUUCUAAAUCUGGCAGCAAUGUCGUCUUCUUGCGUAACGUUGCCUUGGAUUCCGCAGGAACAUAUAAAUGCCAAGUCUCUACAGAUUCGCCGACGUACAGUUGUGUUCAGGCUGUUAAAGAGAUGAACAUUAUCAUACUGCCCCUGGAAGGACCCACAAUCAGUGGAGGCCAAAUGAAUUACGACUCCGGAGAUAACGUUACACUAAACUGCACGUCGGCGAAAUCAAAACCUGCUGCGGAGCUCCGUUGGUUCAUCAAUGGUCAGCCGGUACCCACAGAAGAGACUGUUGAUCAAAGUGUGAUACCAGACAGCGAUAAUUUACAAGUUAGCAGCGCAACACUGCGCUUGCAGAUCACUGAAAAAUUAUUUCAGAAAGGUAAAAUAGCCAUUAAAUGUGAGGCUUCAUUCUACGGAAGAGUGGCUAUGCUCAGUAAAGAAAUCACUAUACGAGAAGCAAGUAUCGCUUCUCAGUUCUGCUUUGGGGUUCCAUUUCUUCCAUUCUACAUUUAUAUCAUACGGUACUACAUUAUGAGAUUUGUAGGUUUUCCGUCCUGAGAAGAUACAAAGGAUGUGUUUUCCUUUUACUAACUCCGAGCGAGAAUGUAUAGGAAGAGAGAAUGAAGGGAAAUUUCUACAGUGGAUAUUCCAUUGCUGCAAAUUUCGUUUCGAAUGGAUCAAACUUCGAGAGAAAUAAAAACUAUACUGAACACGAGUAUUUAUUUAUGUGCCACUAUUCAUAUCUCACAAUUUCGUAAUGCUAUGCCUUGGAAUAAGCAUAGUAUAAAAGCGUCCAGUUUCUAGGUACUUUUUCUUUUCACUGUUUUGAGUUUGACAACUGUUCAUCAUUUCUCAUAAGCAGAUGACCUUCCAAAAGCACUGUAAAAAUCAUUUUUUAUUAUCACUGAGAAACCGAAAUAAAAACUUUUAUAACUAGUUGGUUUUUUUUUUUUUUUUUUUUUUUUUUUUUUCAUUUUGCAUAAAAGAGAUAAUAAUUUGAAUAAUCACAAGUCCUUAUUUUAAAGAGAUGUAAAAAAACUUUCAGGUAUGUGUGUUUCUCAAAUAAUCUAUGAUAUGUGCAUAUAUCAACUAAAAUUUUACAACUGUAUAUAUUUUAAUAAAAAUAAUAGUGCUUCUCAAAGAUAUUUGUUAUACGUAUGCAAAAACAAAUGUUUUAAAACACUGCACGUAUUUAUUAUCACAUUCUGUUGUUCGCGUUUCUAACCAGUAUAUGUUUGUGCAUGAUCUAUAUGAUAAUGUUUCAACUCUUCUAAAUAGUAACAAAUCCUUUAUUGGAGAGGAAAAACAUUGCGUUGAAUAUAUUUUCAACCAAAUAUUUAUUUCAAAAUUUCUUCCUCAAUAUGAAGUGACGUGAAAAUGACGUUUCUGUCUGUAAUGUAUAAUGUAAAUCUUCUCAUAAAUGGAUUCAUUUUGUCCUAUCCUGUGUGUAAAAAUGCGGCAUAAACAUUAAAGAAAAUAUUAUCAUUUACCUUUAAAAGUAUUACAUGAAGCAAAACUCUCAGCCCUAGUACACAUCUUGAAAUUGCCUUAGUUUUUUAUAGAUAUCUUAAAUCAGCCAUUAAGAAAAUUAAUCAGACAUAUAAAGAGAUAAAUGGAAGAAUGUUGAACAGACAUCAGCCAUUUUUUUCUCUUGGUUCAUUGCAGUAAUAAAAUUUAAAUACGGACAGGGACUUGUUGUUUCUCAGAAAUUGUCAUUUUCUAAGUAUACCAUUGCAAAUUGUCUAUUAAUAUAGGGAAUCUCAAACGAAUUCCUACUCAAAUAAGGUAAUACUGAAAUACGUUAAUAAUUUUUCAUUACUGCUUUUUUAAUACAUCAUGCUCACUUCAUGUUCAUGAUGUCAACGGUAUCUUACCAAAUUAUUACUUAAUUAUGAAUCAAUCUAUCUUGCAUAAUGUAUUGGCUAUGCACACUGAAUUUAUUUUGUCAGAUAUUGUGAAAUAUGUUUAAUUUUUAUAACCUGGGUUUUCCAAAUGAUUCCUGAAAGUUGUACAUAUUUCAAAAUGUAAUAUUUUUGUAAAUAAAAAUUUCUG